CGCACAGUGUCAAAACAAAAGCGACCGCGUAAGUGUGCGUUUGUCGGGGUCGCGCUUGGUGUGUGCUUUUGGUUCUGCUUUUCAUCCAUCCACCGUUGCUGAAGCACGGUGGAUUUUUCUAUUGUUAUCGAAUACCAGUGUGCAGUCGCUGCAUAAAAAUGAAGUUUUUCUUUCCCCUCGCACAUCCAAGUAACCUCCAUUAAGUGCGUGUGUUCAGUGAUUGAUUUCGUAGUUAUGUUUUGCUAUUAAAAAAGAAAAAAGAAAAACAAGAAUACUCAUCAUUCACCAUCAUCGUUCGUGCGUGCGUGAGUGUGUGUAUGCGCUUGAAAAGAAAGCAAAAAGGGAAGAGAACGGAAGUCAACUCGAUUCAAAAUCGAAGGAAAUUUGGUGAUCCACAAAGCGGAAACUCGUGCUGUUUUUGUGUGAAGUCGCAGCACAGAAACCAGCGCAGAAUCAGUGGACCUCAUAGUUUGAUACGCAAAUAGUGGCUUGUGGAGUUGAACCCAUCCGGAAAGUGUCAGCGCACCUUGCAUCAACCCACUACUCCCUCAACUGCCAGCAAGAUUCAACGUACACAGAGCGGCUGCAACUACCUCCACCACCGUGUUUCGGAUGUGUGGCAGUGCAUCAUAAUCAGCAGCAACAUUAGUGAAGUCAGCGGGAAACAGGCAUUCUUUUUCUGACCGUGAAACAAAGCUUCCCAAAAACGGCAACAUGCCAGACGAAGACAAGGAAUCGUCCGUACGGGUGGCCGUCAGAAUUCGUCCACAGAUACCGCGUGAGCUAAUCGACAUGUGCCGGGUGUGCACGCAGGUCACGCCUGGUGAGCCGCAGGUUUUGCUCGGAUCCGAUAAGGCCUUUACCUUCGACUAUGUGUUCGAUAUGAGUACGACGCAGGUGUCCGUGUACAAUAACUGCAUCGAAAAAUUGGUCGAUGGCGCACUGCAAGGUUACAAUGCUACAGUGUUAGCGUACGGACAGACCGGAUCUGGUAAAACGUACACGAUGGGAACUGGGUUUGAACGAGCCCUGCCAGAAGCACAAGAAGGUAUCAUCCCGAGGGCAGUCCGGCAUCUAUUUGAAGGCAUUGCCCAGCUACAGCAAAACCCGUAUGACGAGGAUGGAACGUACCUGGGCACGGUGACGUUCAGUGUUGCCGCACAGUUUAUGGAGCUCUACAAUGAAGAAGUUAUAGAUUUACUGGACCCUUACAAUAAAGGUGCUAGGGUGUUUAAGAUCUUUGAAGAUGCGACCGGUGGCAUUUCGGUGGCGGGUGCAACUAUCAAACCAUUGGCUGGUCCUCAGGAAGCCCUGAAUUGCUUGCAGCAGGGUGCCCUCGCUCGUACCACCGCCUCUACGCAAAUGAACGAACAGUCUUCGCGAAGUCACGCACUGUUCACCAUUCUAAUUCGAAGACAGCGUGUCAUGACGGCCGAGCAGUGUGGUAAUGCUGAAGGUGACACCGAAACGCUCACUUCCAAGUUUCAUUUUGUCGAUCUGGCUGGUUCGGAACGACUGAAACGUACCGGUGCCACCGGUGAGCGGGCUCGCGAAGGAAUCUCUAUCAACUGCGGCCUGUUAGCGUUGGGCAAUGUCAUAUCUGCGCUGGGUGAUAAGACCAAAAAGGUUUCCCAUGUACCGUACCGGGACUCCAAGUUGACCCGACUAUUGCAGGAUUCGCUCGGAGGCAACAGUCAGACGAUAAUGAUUGCAUGCGUAUCGCCAAGUGAUAGAGAUUUUAUGGAGACGCUAAACACGUUGAAGUAUGCCAACCGAGCUCGGAACAUUAAAAACAAAGUACAAAUCAACCAAGAUCAGAGCUCACGGACCAUAUCGUUACUGAGGCGAGAAAUUGCCAAUCUUCAGCUCGAAAUUCUCGAAUACAAGCAGGGCAAACGCAGCAUCGAUGCCGAUGGUAAUAUAGCCAUAUCCGAUGUGUCGCUGGAGAAUGAAAUGCUAUCGCAAGACAAUAAGCGACUGCAGCAGCGAGUGAAAGCGAUGCAAGAGACUAUAAAUGCCUUAACGGAAAAGAAUGCUGCAUUGCAGGCCCAGCAGACGAUAGCCUCCCUGCACAAGGCGUCCGCCGCUGGGGACGGUGGUGCUGAUGCUACGAGCACUAACAAUGGUUCUAGUCCGGUCGGCACGGCAGGUGGUAACGAUUCUGCCAUGCAGGAACUGAUAGUCGGUUAUAUCAGCGAGAUAGAAAAGCUAAAGGCGAAGCUGAUCGAAUCGGAACAGAUGUUCCAGCAAUUCAAAAAAGCUAAGAGCUCGCAAUCGAAGCUUGGCAUAAAAACGUAUCCGUUUAUCGAAGAUAAUCCGGAAACGAUGAUCAAUAUGUUAAAGCACGAGAUGGAAAAGGAACGAGAAACGCUGAUGUCCCGAUCGUUACCUGGACUCGAGCACGAAUCCAGCAGUAUGGACCAGAACUCGGAUAGCGAUUCGGACACCGAAUCGGACGAUAAGGCUGAAGUGUUGCGUGCGGAGAUGUCCGACGUGAACUCGGACAUUGAACUGAAAGUGCGGCUAAUAGAACAGCUGGAAGAAUCUCAACAGCGGUUGCAGAUAAUGCGACAACAGUACGAGAAGCAGUUCAACUUGAUGAAGGAGAAAAUAUCCAACACCGAACGGGAGCGUGAUGAAGUGCUCGCCACUAUCGGCAAUGGAGGUACGGGUGCUAUGAACAACAAGGGACAAAAUUCAGGUAAUGAGACGGCUAUCAAACGCGUGAAGGAGGAUUACGAGCGAAAGCUGAACGAGCUGAGGCGCCAGCUGAACCAUUUCCAAGCGACGAACAAAGAACAUCUGCGGCUGCAGCGUAAUAUGCAGGCGCAGGACGCAAAGAUCAAAACACUACGAGGUGAACUGGCGGAGCUGAAGCAGGUGAAGACACGACUGAUGAAGAAAAUCCAGGAAGAGAGCAACCGCCACAAAGAGAUGGAAAGCCGCAAGACGCGCGAAAUUGCGCAGCUUCGCAAGGAAACGCGGAAGCAUAAAAAUAUGAUAAAAUCACUGCAGGCACAGGGUGCCGCCAAGGAUCAGGUAUUGAAGCGAAAGACUGAGGAGGUUUUCAACCUACGAAAAUCGCAGCGCGGAAUAAUGAGCUUAAAGGCGGCAGGACGUGUGCAGGGCAACACAUCGAUUGGCAGCAUGCUGCAGGGCACGAAACGCUUCAAGAGUCGCUGGGAAGAGUUGCAGCGUUCGAUUAUGCGAGCGGCUCGCACACGGCAGGCGGUGCUGGAGCUGGAAAUGGAGCUGGAGCGCGUUAUGCAAGAGCGUGACGUGCUGUCACGAGAUCUGACGAACCUGCGGCAGCGAAGGAAGGAUAACGCUGAGUCUACACUACAAGAUCUCGUGUCGGAGGAGGACACGAUAAUAGCGAACAUGAACUACUUGCACGACACGAUCACGGAACUACAAAAGUCGAUUAUCCAGAUAGAGGAUGGAAAGGAUCUGAACUCCGAGCACUUGAUGCUGCAGACUAUUAUGGAGAACAUCGGAACCGUCGAGGAGGCCAAAUUUAUGCUGCAACGUGUCUGCACCGUUACCAUUGGGCAUGUGUGCGAGGCCGGCGUGGCACAGUCCAAGCUGCGUGAGCGAGACGCACUACUAACUGAGCUGCAGCGUGAUACUAGCGUACAGGAGCAGCUACUGCAGUACAUUCUGACGCGGGCUCCUGCAGCUUCCGCGUCGGAUGCUAGCUUUAGCUCCGCCCAAUCGGCCAACUCGUACGCGACUCAAUCGCAAGCGAAUUUGUUGGAAAAUGGCGAACCACAACCGUCCUCAUCACAGCAGUAUCGUUUACCCCACGUGGUGGAUUCGACGACGCGCAGCCCCUCACCGAGCAGCAGCAACACAAAUCUCGAUUCUAUCGUCACCUACAGGAACUCCUCGAAACAAAGACGAAACCCAUCGGUGGUGCCCUCGGUGGCUACCAUUCAGGAUUUGCUGUACGGCAGCAGCUCCAGCUACGUCGGUCCUGCCGGUGACGGUGCUGGUGGCGUUGGCAUUCCCGAUCGGAAUCUCAACCACAGCGCCGGCAACGGUGGAACGGGCGCUAGCAAUGGAGCCAGCAGUGGCGGCAGUAAGCUUGAGAAAGUGGGUAUUUGUAUUUAUCUCGAGGAUUCCGCAGAUGACGAUGACACGAAGCACCCGCCCUCUCUGCAGGACCGGCACGAAAGGUCGGACGUUAUGACCCGCUCGUACACGAUACUGGACGGGGCGAUGGAUGCGGUCGCGGCUGCUAACGCAGGACUACCGAUCGCACCACCGCCACCGGUGGCUCCCGUUCCUGCCCGUACGUUUGUACCGCUUUCGCGCGUUCCCAGUGCACCCGGUUCGCUGAAAGGUUUGCAGCCGCAUCAAGGAUUGUCGCGCCAGAACAGUACGGCAUCGCCGCUGCUUGCCAGAAAAUCGUUCGAAGCGAGCGGUGCUCCCUCAUCCCCAAGAAUCAGCCGAAGGACGUUUACCAGCAAAAUGUCUCCCGGCAUUGAGGACUCGAACGACGUACCAACCUCACCGCCAGUUUACCGGCGGGGAAUAUCCCGCGAGGAUAAUGGGGACGUAUUCUCCCGUCUCGGUGCAGGAACGCAGGAUCCUCAGCCCGGAGGAAACAUCAAGGAACUCAACGGAAGGUACAAGGCUGGCUCCCCGCUUAUCUGCACCCACGUAGUUGAAGGACACACCAAUUCGGUGCUCUCGAUCAAGGUGAGCAAUCAGAUGCUGUUCACAGCGGCAGCCGAUCGUACGGUGAAGGUUUGGGAUCUGCGAACAAACUCAACGCCACACUGUCUGACGGGACAUCUGGGCCCGGUGGCGGCCGUUGAGUACGAUCGGGUGAACAAUCUACUCUUUUCGGCCUCGGGAGCCUUCGUCAAGGUGUGGGAUCUGCGGAGCAGCAACAUUCGUCCAAUAAUUACUCUAUGCUCCUCCGGAACGACUCUACCUGCCAACGCUACCCUGUCCGAUCUAGUGCCAGGUGAAUGCUCCAUUACGGCCCUCACGAUGGGUGCAUCGGGUAAGCUGUACACGGCCGCCUCCGAUAAGGUGCGCUUCUGGGAUCUGCGUCAAUUUUCAAGCCUUGGCCGACUGUCCGGUGGCCACCAGGCGGCCGUCAUGUGUUUGACCGCUUGGGAGGGACCGAACAACACGGACCUAGUAGCGACAGGAUCGAAGGACCACUACGUGAAGGUGUUUGAGGUGAACUCGAGUGGCGGUGUUGUGCAGCCCCUGUUGAACCUGGAACCACCGCAUUACGACGGCGUACAAGCGCUAGCCGUGGCGAACGAUGCCAUCGGUGUCGAUGCGGAGCUGUUUUCCGGGAGUCGUGACUCCGGGAUCAAAAGGUGGGACCUGCGAAAUGGAGAGCUCAAGCAGUCGCUCAACAAUGCCCAUAAAGGAUGGGUAUCUGGGAUGGCCAUCUACGGCGAUAUUCUGCUGUCUAGCUGUCGCGGUGGCGUUGUGCGCCUGUGGAAUAUUAAAACUUGUGACAGUCUGGCCGAAAUGAAAACGGAACAGUCAAUCAAUGACAUCGUAACGAGCGAUAAUCGCGUGUUUACUGCAUCGAAUUCCGGUGAGGUACGGAUCUGGCGAUUUGUAACCACCGAUUGGGAUUCGCUGAACGCAUCUUCGUCCGGUGCUGGAUCAAUCGGCGCCAGUGGCAAUGGUGGUGGUGGUGGUGGUGGUGGUGCAGGUGGUGGUGGAGGUGCAGGUGGUGGUGGAGGUGGUACUAAAGCAAAACGUUAACUAAACUCAUCCCAGCACAUUAUACAUGCCGAUUUAAUAAUGCAACACACUUCAAUAAUCUCUAAUGCCUCAAUUUUAAAGAUUUUAACACAAUAACCUACCUUAUGUCUAGCAUGUAUCGUAGUAGUUGUAGGGCUGAUUCCGGUUCCUUAUGUGAUAGUUCAUAACAAAGGAUGCAAAUCAUCAUAGCGCAGUUAACGGAAAUUAAUAGGCAUUCAAUUGAAAGGAAACUAGCAAGCAUGCACCGAAGGCUUAAAGUAAAACGAUGCCAGGGAAAAGCAGAAGACUUAUUGAUGUAGCGAUUAGACUGUACGAUGUUUCAUCUGUGAAAGGCAAAUAAUAAUUAAGUCAGAUUACUUCAUGAGCAAAUGGGCUACAGCCAUCCAGUGAGUUUGAUUGCUUAUUUAGCAUUUGUGUUGAUUUAAUUUUUAACGAUCAUGUAAUUACGAGCAAGGCUGCUUCUUUAUUCACGCUCAGAACUAUUCUAUUCAAAGAAGAAAAGGAAAAGAAGCAAAAGAUAGAAACUGAGUGGUGAUAAGAGUUGGAACAAUAUGCUUUGAACAUAGAACAGUACAGCGUAUGAAGGGACAGAUGAAAGGAACAGGAUCUUCCUAGUGGACUGAUUAGGUGUGUAAAAACAGGAUAGCGGAUUCGUACCUUCGAGUUGUUCGUUACGGUUGGGCUUUGGAGAUAAUGGUUAGGCUUACGAUACACGAAGCUUGUACAUUAUAACAUGCUACGCUUAUUUUAUACUGAGCCUCUGUUUUCUUACAACUGAUGCAAAAUUCACAUUUUUAUGUAUUUCAAUCGAAAGGAUGUGGGCAAAAUUAAUCCUCUGGCUGAUGGUACUGGUGUGGACGUUACAGAUGAUAUUGUUCUUCUUCUGUCCAAUUAGCUGCAAGCAAAGAGCCUAAAUGAUGGAGGGUUUGCUAUCCGAGACAUUAGAAUAGGUAGCAAAGUAAACAGAACACACCCACCCCCUUCCCAAAUUGAGUGUUUUGUCCGCAAUGGACCAACGUUUCAAACAUUCCGUGUUAACUGUUUGUUUUAAAUGGAACUAUCUAAUAUUUGCUAGCAGCUAUGUGACUUAACUUCUGUCUUGUGCAACUCAUGAGAUAAAGCAAUCGAUUUCGAUGGAAAGGUUCGUCUGUGGCGUGUUUCAUCGGCAAUUCGACGACUAGGACCGAAUGAGACUAGCAUAUGACGCCAGAGCACGGAAGCGAUGUCCACAUCUGGUCGGUUGAUGUACACCAGACAGAGCAGUUUGCGACACAAUGUAAUGACCCAGUCGGCUGAACACUCCAAACUCGUUGCUGAUGGCAGGGCAGCCUUACCAAUAAUGACUCGCAGCAGCUAUAACCCAUCCACAGCGACGGUAUCCUCAUCGUCAACAUCGUCCUCAUCGUCCUCGUCAUGCGCCCCGUCGACAUUUGCUUCCGUGCCUCCGCUAGCUACAGGUAGACCAUUAGUGCCCAACAGUGCCGCGACCGGUUUGGCAACGAUGUCAAGCUCUUUGCGAAACAGCAAACUCUAUCGCAGCCUAAACCACAACUAUCUCAGUAUUUUGAAUCGCACAAAUCGAAGGUAGUUGUUCCUACUGGGGCUAGUUGGUUUAGAGAUAGGUUAGAUUAUUCGUGUUGAAAAACGAUCAACACUUUUGCUUGCCUCUCUUACCAUUCAUAUGCUCUCUUUCUGUGUCCGUACACUGGGUUACAACAGCAUUGGUGUAUUCCCAGUACGAAGAAUUUGUGUUCGUUGUUUUGAUAGACACAAAACCAGCCUAAACUCUGUAUCAGGCUUUGCUUGAUGGUGUAUAUGCGAAAACAUCGAGCUUACUAAACACUAUCACCAACAUCGUAUUUUUUACGUUGUGUAUAUCAGUAAUCUUUUGUGUGUGUAAGCUUACAGCAUGCUCUAGCUAUUAUGAACAUGACAUAAACAUGAUUUAGGAAAGAUACUUAUUUUUCUGUUGGGCGAAUUAUUUUCUAUUUUUGUUUGCGAUUUAAUUAUCAUUUCACCAUGAUUAAUUGAUACGACCACGCGGGAUACACACAUCCUGCGAACACAGCAGAAAUGGCCAAAUUUCUUACGUUUAGUUUUGUCUUUUCCGCGUUGCGGUUAUUUUUACCUAAUCAAUUAUUUGUCAUUUACCAUACAUGUACACGGAGUAUGUUUAAUAUUGGUUGUGAUUUUAGUUUAUAGAAGAAAUCGAUAAGUAUUUACUUACUUCGUUUUGCUUUGUUAGACUCCACCUAUUAUUACUUAACCAACUAUAACCAGAUCACUUUCUUCACAGUAUAAUUUGUAUUUGUAUGUAAAUCUUAAUUUGAAUUGAAAGUGAUAUAUGACUCUAAUGACAAUUUAUGAUUAAUUUUUACCAGUAUUCUCGUAUGGCAGCAAGCAGAUUAUGUCUUUGUAUUGCAAAUGUCUUUCUGCCACGAUCAGUAUUGCGUUGUUAAAUGGCAGAACAAACGUUGCGUUAAUGUUAGAAUAUUUUUUGCAUAAAGAUCAAGCCCAACUAACACUGUGACCGGCUUCUUUCGUUGUAAUGGAUUACAAACAUUCCAAACACAAUCCUUGUUUUAUUUGCUUAUGGAUAGUUAUAAUGCUCCAAGCUCAACUGCAACUUGAUACGAUGGGUAUGUGGAACAAAUGGAAGGAUAGAAAGGAUUUAUGAAAGAAUACAGGUACAUUAGGGGAGCGAAAGUAAGUUUAGAUUGUGUCCGUGUGUAGAGUGUGUAGUACUGGCACGAAAAGAAUGUUUAGGAUCGUCAACGCAAUGUUAUGUAAUGGAUUGUAAUAAUGAAUCUAACUGAUCGUUAUUGAGUGUAUACCGAUGGCAAAGUCUGUAACGUGAAAUCUAGAGCUCGACAAGCACAGUAAAGAUGCUACUUAGGAACGUUCAAAUUGAAUAAAUAAAAAAAAACUACUAAUUUGCAAAACAAA